CGGCGGCUCUCCGGGGCCUGCGCGUGCCCGGCGGUGCCGCGGCCCUCUCGGCUCGGCCCGGCCCGGCCCCCCGCCUCAGGGCGCUCGGCGCCUGCCGCUGCCUUCAGCUGCGCCGCUGCCCGUUCCGGCGCCGAAGGAGAGCUCGCCGGUCGGCCUGCUCUGCGCUUGCUCUGCUGAAGUUGAUUGUUCAUCCUCCUUAAGAUGAAGAGGAAAGUGGCAAGAGCAGGGAAAUUGAGGCUUAGUCCUAAUGAAGAAUCAAUGCUUUUAAAAGAAGAAUAUGAAAGAAGAAGAAAACUGAGGCUACAGCAGGUUAGGGAGCAAGAGAAGUACAUUGCCUUGCAGAUAAGACAGGAGGUAAAGCAGAGGAGAGAAGAACAACUACGUCAGUUAGAGAAGGCAUUGAGAGCCGAGUGGCAGAAAGCACAAGAUCAAAAGAUUAAGGCCUUAGAAAAACUGUAUUUAUCGAGCUUAAGAGCUGUUGGUGAGGGACACAGACAAGCCAAGGAAAAUGAACCUGAUUUAGAAGCUCUGGCAAAGCAAGCAGAGGAAAGGAAACAAAGAGCUGAGAAGAGACAUAGAAAAGCCCUGAAAGAGCAGAAGUGCCAAAAAGAAAAAUUACUUCGUGAGCAAGCCCGACGAAUCAAUGCACGUAAACAUGCUCUGGAUGUGGAAAGAGAAAGAGCUGCCAAAGUUGCAAGCCUACCACCUCCUCCACCACAUCCUCUUGAGAAUUUUGAAGUGCAAAAGAUUCCUGCAGUGAAGGUCUACAGUGCUGACAACUUUUAUGUUACUCAUUACCAUCUUUCAGAACCUUACGUGGACAGAGAAAUGGACAGAGAGCAGGCAGAUGCUCGGUUGGUUGCUGAAAAGGAAGUGAAGCGUUUGGAGGAACUACACAGAGAGGAGGAGAGAGAUAGAAGAGAACAGCUUGAAAAGGCACAUCUUAGAGGAAGUCAUGCCUUGAAGAAGGUCCAUUUGGCUCAGGACAGGGAAAGGCUACUGAAAGAACUUGAACAAAUGCAGAAUAUGGAUCGGAUGCGCAGAAGGCAGGUUGUAGCACAGAUGCCACCUCAACUGUUUGUGCCUGCAUACAAACGAAUGGAAAUAAAAGAUGACUGGCAGAGGGAACUGGAGUUUGCAUUUGAAGACAUGUACAAUGAAGACAAGAAAAUGAAAGGAGACCUGAUUUUGCAGUUUGAGCCACAACCUUUACCAGUCCCUUCUGACAGAUCUCAAGACAAUGAACUUGAUAUCACUUUGGAGCAAGAAUCUGCUUGUGACACUCGACAAGACUUGAGAGAGGUGUUAGAAGAGGAAGUUCCUGAUGAAUCAAAAAAUCAUGAAGAAGGAAAAAUUCACCAACCUCAGUCAAAACUUGCCUUAAAGAAGUUGUUGAACAAAAUUAGAAGCCAAAAAGAGGAGUGGACAUCAAAAAGUGAGAAAGAGAAUCAAAGUGAAAUUGAGACUAUUGAGUCAGGCACAAUUGCUAGUGAAGAGAGACGGUUAUGUGAUUUAGAACUUAACCAUGAACAACAUAAAAAUUCAGUAUCUAAAACCAAAGACUCCAUGGAAAUUUUGGAAGAUACAGUUGUAGCUGAAAAUUCAGUUCUAAUUCAUCCUCAGGAACAAGCAGCUAAAAUUAGAAUGGAAGAGGAAAGACAAAAAUGGAAUGAGCAAAUAGAGCAACAGAAACAGGAACAGCUGGCCUUGCUUAAAGAAAUUGAAGAAAAGAGAGCAUGUCUGGAGGCUGAUUUUCUGAAGAUCCAAGUGCAACGCUGUUUGGAGGAGGUUGAGAAAAAAGAAAAAGAGGAGAAAGGUCAGCCGGUACAAAGCAGCAACAGUCCUUUCACAGACCAGCAGAAAGAAGGGGAACAUGAGACUGAAACUACUGCUGUGUUAAAAACUGGAAGUCCUAGAGAAGCCAGUCACUUACAGAUGAUCCGUAGUUAUCAACAACGUCUUGUGCAGCAAAACAGGCUGCACAAACAGACUGUUGAAGAAGCUAGAAGGUGUCUACAGGAGUAUCAGAAUAAAUUGAAGCAAAGAUACCCAAGUACUCCUGUAACACCUCUAAGUUCUGUGGAAACAAAAUCAGUUAAUUUAAAGUCUACCUCAGAACCUGUUCUACAGAAGCAAGGAGUACAUCCAAUACAAUACCAGUUGUCUGAACAAGUUUGUACACAAGAGUAUGGCCAGUCGCUACCUAUGUUUUCAAGAACACUGCAUGUGGUGGAAAAAACAUCUUCACAGAAAUAUGAAGAGCAAAUGCAUGAUGUUUGUGCUGGUAGACAUGUGCAGUUUUUAGAAACACCAAAAUUGAAUCAAGGAGUGUUUCACUUGCCGUAUAGCUCUUCUUCACAGGAACAAGUGGGAAUGUUGGAAACCUCCAAUACUCAAGUCAGAGAUUCAUCUCUGUUUCAGAUACAGUCAGGGUUAGGCAUCGCUUUGCAAGAUGUCCCCGCUGUCAGAAUACAACCAGAAGCCCGCGUACAACAGGUUAGAUUUGUUCUGCCUGCAGAAAAUUCCUCUGAGCCUUCAGGAACAGUGGAGUGUGAUAAGGAGUCAUUAUCUCAGAAGAUGUCAAGCCAUCAAACAGAGACAGAAGCUGUAGAAGAGCCUCCACUUACAGUACCCCUUUUGCCAGCAACAAAGAGAUCUCAGAUAGCUCAGGCAACCUCAAGUGAUUCUUUGGAGUACCAGCAAGGAUCCGCAGAGAGCAGCAUUAAAACAAGCUUUGAACAGCCCUCCUCUCUUUUUCAGCCUCUGACUUUAUCUCAUGAAGAACUUAAAGCCCAGGGUGUUCAGGAGUUCUUGAUAUCAAAAAGUGGAGAUGCAUCUUUGUUAAAUUAUUCUAGUAUACUGAAUUUAAGGGACAGGGUGUUGGCCUCAUCAGAGAGCAUCCAAGCUCAGCAAAAGUAUUUGAAACAACUUCAAGAGCAGCUAGAUGCACAAAGAGAAGCUCUUCUUUCUAGACAAAAAGUACAAGAACAGCUACUUAUAAGGAAGCAGGAUAAAUUGAAGGAACAAAUGCAGAGACAACAAGAGGCUUUGAAAGAAUUUCUGAACAAGCAGGUAAGACAGUUCAGCACAAACAAAGAAAUGACACAGGCAAAAAAGCCUGACUGUCUGACUGACUUUUUACAAUAUUCAGAAAACUACCAGCAAGAGAAUUGUGAUACAAGUGAAUUUUGUGAAAAUGAAAUGAUUUCACAAUGCAUGAGUCCAGCUGGGCACACUGCACAGCCUAAGAAGCUUGAAUGUAAAGAACAGAAAUGGAGAUCUUCCAAACCACCUCUGGCAAAAGUCAGGUUAGGGCUUGAUUUGGAACAGCAUGAACUUAGUGUUAUACCAGAAGUAGACACGCCGAGGAGUUGCAACAUUUCUUUCGCAGAUAAAGCAGAUUCUGCUGGUGGAGAAUCUUCUCCCAUUUCGACUGUUGGCGAGUUUGCCUAUGUUAGCUGUUACGGUCAUGCUCUUCAUGAAGAUGGCAGGUUACCUGGGAGAAUAACAAACUGUGAAGAAGAAAUCUCUAGUGGAAGUCUAAGGGGAAGUGAACAGUCAAGUAGGCUAUUAAAAGAGAUUCUGAUGACUGAAAAUUUGUAUGACCCAGCCUGGUCCCAGGAUUCUCCUGUGGCUCAAGAUUUGCCAGUUCUUGCUCCUGAAAUUGGAAGUGGAGUUGUAACACAUUCUGGACCAUCAUUCAGACUCCACGAUAUGGAAGUACUUUCCAAAGUAGUAUCCACAAACUUAGGUUCAGAGGCUUUCAUGGAAGGGGGACCCUGUGAUUUGUCUUCGACAAUUUCCACUGGAAGCUUUUUGACUAGUGAAAUAUUGGAUGCAAGCCCUGUUGACACUGGAUUGUCUUCUGGCAGCAUAGAGGAUCGAAUUUUGAGAGAAACAGCAAGCUACCCUUGGAACUCCUUGUUGCCUUUUAAUGUGCAGCGGAGACAAGAGAAUCUUUCUGGAGCAUCUGGAAAUUUAAAUACUUCAUCAGAAGACAAUACUCCUUUCCAAGUUCCAGCAGCUGAAUUUGAUUUUCCUGAAAUGGAAAGACACUUUCCUAACUUGCAUCACCAGCACUUUCAGCCUCUGGAACCAAGUCUUGACUUGGAUAUCUCAUCAUCCCUUUCUCAAUACAAGAUUUCACAAGACAGCAGAGAAUUUAGCAAGACUUCAAGAUUUUCAACAAAAAGUGAAGACACAACACUCUUUCAAGAAGCCAGAGACUCCACUUUGAAUAUGCAAAGAAACAGUUCGCCUUCUCAUCUUGAAACAAACAAGUCAAACAACAUUACAUCAGAACAAGAGUCUGUGAAAGAAACUGUUACCCUGGGAUCUGAAGAAUCUUUCCAUCCACUGCAAUUAGAAUCUACUGUGAGUGAUCAUUGUCAGAAUGCUGAUCGGCCAGCGGACCCCAACGUUAUGUUGGAGGGGUCUUUUGAACAAAAUCCUGUGAUUAGGACUGAGAACUGUGUUUCAUCUGCCAGACAAUAUGAAGAACUAGCAAGAAAUAUAGAAUCUAUUAAUCUCCAGUGUUCAAUGGAAGAUCUGCGAAAUGAAAGUCCAAAUUCAAUGGAAGAGCAAAGAUCAUUUUAUCAACUAAAUACUACACCAGUUACAAUGGAUAAAACUCUGCCUGAACACUUACUAAAAGAGGGUGCGACAUUCAAAAAACAGACUGUGUGUUCUGAAAAAUUACCUGUUGAGGCAUUUGAUAAGGAGUAUGUGAAGCUUACUGAGAAAUCAUUUCAUGGAAGUGAAGGAAACAAAACUAUGGAGGUGGGUUCUCAGUGGAACACAAAUACAAAGACAGAUCAAGGCUUUCCAGAAGUACAAAAAUCUUCCAGGCAUCCCACUGAAACCAACUUGGAAAUCUCAGACAUCCAUUUACACGCUGUUGUACAACAAAAUGGUUCUUUGGAAGGAUAUCAAAAACAUUCUAAUUCUGUGCUCAGAGGCUCUUGUUGUAUUCCAGUCUGGGAGACUGAGUCAGGGCAUGGCAUUAUGGAAGAACCUGAACUCACUCUAAUAAGCUCCAAUGACAUCAGUAUUGCAGAAUCAGAUGUUGAACAUAUUAGCCAAGAGAAAACUAAAGAAGAUAAAAUCAGUAACCCAGCAUGUGUGGAUCAGUCUGAAUUUAAUUUUUUUACUGAGGAAAGGGAAUUUUUACCAUUAGCUCAAGAUGCAAAUUAUUCAGUUUUCAGAAGGCCUGAAAGUUCUUCCAAUGCCCAGAGUCCUAAUGAAGUGAUGUUGCUAGAGUUUGCUUCUGUGCCAGGAAGUUUGCAAGCAUCUUUUUUAAAAAGAAAGAAAAACUUCAUCCAAAAAUCUCUCAGGAGAAUAGAAGAAAUAAAAAAUAAAGAGAGAAAAAAUGAAAAGCCAGAAGCUGGACAGUUUCAGAGAAGAAAGACUGAGAUGUUAAACAGGCAAAAGGAGUCCUCUUUCACCUCUGGAAAAAAAGGUGCAGCUACCAAUCAGUUGAAGAAAGUAGGAGAAGUGAAAGUGUCUUCUCCAGAAGACAGGAAGUCUGCAGAAGUUGAAAUGCACCAGCGUACUUCCAGACUUUACAAUCAGCUUGCAGAAGUGAAAAUCAGAAAGGAGGAAAGAACAAGGCAAGAAACCUAUGCUAAAAACAGAGAAAAGGCUAAAGAGUUUCAAAAGAAAACACUAGAAAAACUACGAGCCAGGAAGAAACUUGGGAAAUUACCAUGACUCUCAGAACACCUUGGGAAGAACAAGAAAAAUUACUUUAUUGGUACAAUCCACAGAAUACAUGGCUUAGUGCAAAUUUCAUCAUUCAGUGCAAUUAUGGAAGUUAGGAAACUUGAGCUGUAUGAAAAAUCAAAGGUAAAUAAUCACUGUAGUAGCCAAGAUGAUGUUUUAUUGACAAAUCACUACAGAAGCUGAUACAAGUACUGCUUUAAAUAGUGUUAGCCUCAGAUCAGCUAGACAAGACACUGAAAAGCCUUUUCUGAGGUGUUUUAAAGAAAGUUCAGAUUAAUUCUUGUUUUUAUAUAUGUAACAACUUUUUCAAAUAAAGUUUUUGCAAUAAAACUUCAGUCCCUUCUAUAAAGCUGAAACUUUACCAGUUACACUGAAUAUUAAAAGAAUGAUUAUUAGCCACUUUAGAUGUACCUCUCAGCUGCAGCAGUAAAGUACCUGAGGGCCAAAAAGAACUGGUUUCUGGCAAAAAGGUGUAUCACCCUACCCCCCUAGCACUGUUAACUUACUAACUUAACCAAUUUAUUUCAGCCUGCUGCUACACAGGUAACUACUGUUCCCAAGUGUUAGUUCCUCUACCCAAAUUUCCUUGGAGCCUUAAGAAUUUUAAUUGCAAGGUCAUGUAGGUAGAGUAGGACAAAUUCAAAUCUCAGCUGUUACACUGAAUUUGAAUUUAGGUAUUAUCUUAAACCCAGAUUUCAUAAAACUUUUCUGACUAUUCUAGUUGAUUUAAGAUGCAGCAGAGAAGCUGUAGGAUUAACAAGCUUCUUCUAUUUUACAAAGCAAUUACUGUUACUUAGACUUCUGUUCUCACUGCGUUCAGUCUCUAGAGUCACUGAAAGUACAGCACUAUGUGAAGGGACCUGCAUCUUUCAGUAAGCAGCAUAGGGCAGCAAGAGCCUGUGUCAUUCUAUGCAGUAAGUCAGGUAGAGGCUUGCUACAGUCUAAGGAUUAUCUGUCAAAGUUGCAGAUUAAAUACACAGGGCAUUGAGGGGGUGCUUUCACUGCACUGCAGAAGCUGUGCAUGAGUGAUCUCAUCCCUUUCUCCUACCAUAAUCAGAAGGGAAGAGAGUAGAAAAACAUUUUUCUAGUGGCAAGCCACAGAUAAUUGCAAGCCAUGGAAUUUCCCAGGAGGGAAAAAUGGACUGAAUUGAUAACAGCCAUCUUUAAUGUUCUACCUGUCCUGUGUGCUUUUACACUAAUUUCCAAAUACCAUGCAUUAUUUCAAUUUAUAGAGCAGUAAGGAAAGCUACAGAAUUACAUGUUUUUAAUUCUUAAUUAUUGCAAUAAGAAGUCAGAAUAGGUUAUAAAGUCCUUUUUGUAUCUGAUUUAGAAGAACUGUCUUAUUCUUCCUCAGCCUUGCAGCAAUGUCACCAGGACCUAAAAGAAAUGAUACACAUUAGCAUCACUUAAGAGAAAAACCAUCUUAAUUCAGCUGUCUUCCUCACAUUAAAGUCUUAACACAUGAACAAGUCUUAUAGUCUGAAACAACUUAAUUUCAAAGCAGGGUGCUGAUAUAAAAGCACUAACCCAGGGAACAUGUACAUCUCUUAUUAAAAUGUAAGGGACAAAGCAUUAUUUCCAAAUCAGCUCUGAUCACAAUCAUUUCAUCUUUCCACUCCUGCACCUCUCCCCACCCCACCCCCCAUUUCUUCUGGAUUACUCUUAACACCUCCAUUUAUCUCAGGGUAUACUGCACUCCCAAGGCAGAAGGAAGUAGCAGCUAAGUUACAAGACUGCUCAUCAACACAAUGCAGAAGUCAACUGAGUUCAGUCUGAAACCAAGUAACAUCCUUCCUAGAAUAGCAUCUCAAAUUUGGGAUGUCAGUAAAUAAACAUCCUUUUUCACUCAAACAGGCCUGGCUACAUUAAGCUUAUCUCCUCAGAAAUAGACCACAGCACACACCAAGUGUCCAAGGCAUCCUGCAGAGGAUUUCAAUAUAAGGUCACUGCGUUAAGAGCUGCUGGUGUUUCAGCCAUGCAAACCCUCUUUGAGGUGACCUUGAAUUUCCUUCAAAUACCAGCAGUUUUGCUAAGCAUUGUUCUUACCUUCAGACUCACUCUGGCUGUACUGAAAUGGUGCUUCUUGCCCCGUGACAUUGUCAGUGGCUCAAUAGCAGACACUAUGGAUUAAGUCAGAUUUGGUUAGUGGAGAUGGAAAGCUAGAACAAGUCAAAGUUAGAUGCAAACUCUUGCAGAGUGGCCUUUUCUGCCUUCUCCCUUCUUGCCCUUUUUUUUUUGUAUGGGUCACAGCUUCCCUCAACAGCAACUUCUGGAGUUACCUUAAGUCUGAAUUACAGCCCAAGGUUCAACUAGAAUAAUCUCAGCAAGAACUUGUCUUACCUUAAGCAAAGCAAGGAAGCACUGUCUCUGACCUUUUACAUUAAAGCUUUAUUCCCAGCAGACCUAGUGCCACACAAUGUGGCAAGUCAAGAGUCUGAUGGCCUUACUUUAUGGUCAUGUCCACAGCUCACCAGAAACAGUAAUAUCCUAGCAGCCUUGGUAAUGACCAGAUACUCCUCUUACUACUGUUAUCAACUUAGAUAUGGGACUUAACCUACACUCAAUAUUUAAGUUUCCUGUCUUUUCUUGUUAAGGACUGUCAAUCAUGCCAUUUAAGUUAGGUCAAGCUGUGUACUAACCAGCCUAGAAUCUGUUAGGAAUUCCAAGUACAAAAGAAUUCCUCACAACUGGUAUCAGUCUUUGCCUCAAACACUAGUAAUACAGAUUGCAUGGAUGUCACAGACUUAUGCAGCAAAAUAUACAUAAAAGUAUACUUCAUAUGCAAAUAAGCAGCCUGCCCAAAUCUGAAUGACCACUGUCCAGCAGUCUCUAUUACUCAACACUUUCUACACUUUUCUAGAACUGUCUACUGAAGUUUCAGUGUCAUUCUGAAGUUAGGUUUGUGUGUUAGCUCAGUAAAGUUACAUGAAACCUUCUGAAUGGACAAGUAAUUCAGUACUUACCUGCCAAAAAAAGUUGCCAUCAUCUUCCAGCUAAUCCUCUUAUCAAAGCAAAGUUUAGCUUAUUCAGUAUUCUGAAGUACCUGUUAGGAAGAGAAAUAAGAAUGCACUUAGGAGAGCUAAUGUCCAGUUCUCACACUUCCUACAUGAAGUAGAAAGCCAAUGCAUUCAAAUCCCCGAAGAGGACUAAAGAAUGUUUCAGCAGAAAUACCAGGUUUAACAGACACAGCAGAAUGAAAACCAACGAUGCCAAAUGCUGAACUACUGUAGCACUGUUUUUUGAACAUCCCAUCAGGAGAAUACUGUUGGGUGCAGAUACCAUACAGUGCAACAGCUGCAGUAGUUUGUGAAAUAAAAAAUGCAUAUUUUUAUCUUGUUAACCAUUAGGUGCUAAGUGUUAUAUGCAGGAGUUUGAAUUUUAAAACAGGUAGUUGGUUUUUAUAAAAGUGUCAUGCAACUAAAAGGGAAAAGAAUCUAUUAUAAUGUCACCUAUGAGGAACAACUUCAGAUAUCCUUUCAGUUAUUUUAUAUAUCCCUACACAAUAAAGCAUUUCUUACUUCUUCCCAUA